CUUUUUCUUAUUGUAUCUGUUUCUUCAGUGUUGAUCACAGCGGUGAUCUGCGAGCUGCGAUUCGGGGAAAUCCCACGGGCGUAGCUAUCCAUGUCCCCGGCGCGGGUCAAGCUUGGUGCUGUUGGUGGAGCACCACGUUCUUGACAGGCAGUACCUAGGCAUAUCUUUAGGUACGGAGUACGGAGUAUAUAUAACUACACUACCAUAUAAAAAAUGGAAGAGUCAACGUCGUCAUCUUUUUUACGCCAAACGAGAGAGAGUUCUUCAAGCAGCUAAAUAGCUCUAGCAGCCGGACCCCCCCCCCCCUCUGGCCCGCGCCGAGACAGUUUGUUUCCGACAACAGCCAGCGGCUCAGGGCUCAGGGCUCAGGAGUCGGGAAUCAGCAGCAUUGACCGACCCUGCGAUGAGAACCAGGAGCAACGGGGCGCAGCAGCCGCUGUUCGGGAUUCAGGAUUCAGGAGUCGAUGUUUGUGAGACUUGUUCUGUGGAGAAUCAUCUCUCCGAAACUCAAUAAUAAUGAAUCAAAUCAAUCCCCUUGUCUGUUGAACAAAAAAAGGGGACGGGGGGGCGUGCUUGUUUCUCCUCCGUCGGGGAACUAACUAACUAUGCAUCGUCGUUCUAACUAUGCAUCGUUUGAUGACUCGCUCAACUACCUAUUGUUCUCCAUGCCGCAGCCCGGAUGAACAAAGUGAAUAAUAUUAAAUCUGUGUUACCUGUGGAUGGUUUGGAAACGAGGUUAGAAAAUCGCAAUAUACGCGCGAACAAUUGCGACAAGUAUUUAGUUAAUAAAACUUAACAGCUGCACGGCUCUUACUGUUUCUCCCCUCGCUAUAACUACAGCGUACGCUGCAUAGUUGCGGCGUAAGCAAUAAGAAGAAUAACUAAUAUGUUACUAGGAACGGACUUAGAAACAGAACAGAACACUUGUUUCCGCGAUGCAAGCCACAACACUCCAGGUUUUCCCCGACUCCAGGUUUUUCUUUUCUUUUCUCAUUUCCCCAUCAGCAGUUGGUGAGAGGAAACAAGACUACUCUACUACUACUAAAGAAAGGAAAACAAAAACGUGUCUGAGCGGGAAAAAAUGGUCCCCGUCCAUAAUUAUAUAAAGAAACAGACCCCGUCCAACCCCCCAAACCCCCGUCGUCUAAAAAUUCCAUCUUACAUAUCUAACUCCCAGACCAUAUCAUAACUAUCCCUUUUUUAUUUAAUUUGCCCGUUUUCCCUCCCUCUUUCAUUCCCUUUCGUUCUCCCGGCCUACGAACGAUUCUAAGCUGCAUGAAUGAAACAUUUGGCUCUCAACUCCUCUCCGCUGCCGAUCACCGCCUGCAGCGCCCGUUUUCCCACACCUGCUUUACCACGCACCGUUCCGUUCCCCAAUAAUUUCCUCCCCAAACAACAUGAAGAUCGACGUCGCCUUCACCUUGGCCCUCGUGCUGGCAGCCACAGGAAUAACUGCUGCACAGAGAUCCAGGGUCGAGCUGUGUAGAGUGGGAUAUCAGUGCCGAGCCGAUAUCGACUGCCAGGCGGAUCCAGAGUGUCAGGCGAAGGCAGAGGGCAUGGACCAAAAAUUAAAGACCAUCGCGGUUUACUGCCACGAUGCAAAGCGUCGCUGCGAAGUUGUAUGGCCGGCUAGAAGCUAGAAAUGAAAUUUAAAACAAAAAAAAAGGAAUGGAGAAUGGAGUACUUGAUUUCUAUACCUAACUACCAGAAACAAAUUGUUCCAAAACGCUAGUGUAAGGCUGAGCUGGGUAGCUAGUGUGGAGCUGAGUUUUUUUUCUUUUCUUUUUUUUUUUUUUUU